GCCUCCCCCGAAGGAGUUUACUCAAAGUGAACUAGAGGUUGUGACAACAGUCUUUAGACAGUACGAAACUGGUUUACGAGAAGCAUGUAUAGACGCAAAGGAUUUGCACACGGCACUGGUGGUUCUUGGACUAAAUCCAAUGGAGCAGGAAGUUAUUGAUAUGACAAAUGAGAUUGCCAAAAACGGAUUAAUAUUCUUUCCAGAAUUCUGCAAGGUGGUUCUGCGCAAGUUUAGAGAAGACGAUGAGGAACAAUUUGCACAAGUAAUGUUUAAGAUGUUAUGUGGAACAGACCCCCUUCCAGAACUGUUUAGAGCUAAAAAAUAUAAAAUUCAUGACAGAUAUUUGAACAAAACAGACUUCAAGUUCAUUAUGAACAAUCUACCUAUCCCGGUAAGUGAGACUGAUGUAGAAGAAAUGUUUACGUUUGCAGACAAGGAUAAUGAUGGACGAAUCAGUUAUAAGGAGUUUAGAAUAAUGAUCAACCCUCCUAAACCUAUAGAAGGACCUAAACCUACUCGGAAGGAUCUUCAACUAAAAUAUCAGGAUCCAGUUCUUGAGAUUGAACAGGAAGAGAGUGAGUACAUGAACGGUUCGGUAGACGUAACCCUCGGCCGAACAGAGUCUGAACUCGUCUAUUCGACCGGAGAUGACCGGAAGAGGUCGGUUGAGCGAGCUCCCCCAGUCUCUGUGACGGUCAGCCUGCCUGCUGCUGAUAUAUCAGGACCUAAAGUUGCUCAUCUAUAAAUAGUAAGACAGGGAGCUUCGACAAACAUAAACCUACCGUGCACUCUUGUAUGCCAAGUCCAUUAGCGUCUGAUACAAUCAGGGUUCAGAAAUAGUAUGGCGGUAACAUCUAUCUUUCUAUCUAUCUCAUUAUUCAAUUAGAGUUAUGAAUCCUUCAAUCGGCGCCAUCAGUAAAUGGAAAUAUAGUGAGUGGAACCUAUUCAACUUUGGAUUGAACAAAUUAACAGCAUUUAAACAAUCAUAUGUGUGUUUUAACUUUAAAAUAAAAAUUAUUUUUAAAAAAAAGUUUAAGUUCUGUUGUUUAAAACACAUGGGACACACACCUGAAUAGUAAACAUGCCAUUUUUUGGGAAAAAAGGACAUUAAUUAGGGAAAACACAAAAAUAUUAGGGAAAACACAAACACAUAGGGAAAAACUUGGUGCCUUAUUUUAAAUUUCUCUCUCGAUAAGUUUUUAAAUGUCCAAAAAUAAAUCUUUUUCGAUUAGUAUUAUUAUGAUAUAUAUUUGUAUGAUCGUAUAUAUACGUAUAUUCUUGUUAAUUAGGUCAUAAUUCUUUAUCCUCGUAUAUAAAGGGUAAUUCUAAAUUUAGCUUUUUAAACCUUUUAACUUAAAUUGGUUGAUUUUUAUAUGUUUUUAUUCUUUUGAACACACUUGGCUGUUCAUUACUUAGACUCUAUUCACAUUAAAAAAUCGCUUUUUAAUUUCUGUUAUUUUUUGUAAAUGAGCAAAACUUCAAACUUUUUGAUUAUACAUUAUACAAUAUACAUAACCAUGUAUUGCUGCCAAAUAUUGUUUUCAACUUCACUUUUCUAAAUGGUAUAGUGUUUAUAGUUAUUUUUAUCAUAGCUAAAUAUAUAGGGUUUCAAGGCGUUUCGGGCUUUAAUCCUAUUUCUAUAAUAUUUGUCGCUGUUAUAUCUGCAAGCCUGCCUAGCUUACUAUUUCGUACAUUUCGUUGUAAAAACAAAAAAAUAAUUCAAGGAUUUUAUUUUAGUCGAAAUAUUUCCAUAUUUUUCGAAAUAUCCAGUUUUGUCAGGCAAAUUUUUGGAAUUUCCUGGGUUGAUAUUUAUGUGGAUCCUUAAAAAAAUGGAUCAGAUCAGUUUCGACGCUUUUGCAAGUACACAAACAAACAAACAGGCUACCAAAAUAUAUUUGUUUUCUGACUAAUGUAAGAAACUUAGCAUCAUAAUUUUUUUGUUAAUUAACUAUGGCUUUGUUCUGCUUAAAAGCAUAUGCAGUAGCAAAUUUAGCUUUUAAAAAUAUAACAAAAUGAACUUUGUCUAAGGCUAAAUCUGCCUUAAAUUAAUUGUAUUCAUUGCAUAAUUCAAGAUUUCGCAAUGCGCUAAUU